ACAAGCUGCUAGAGCAAAGGGGAGGCUUUGAAUUCCUAGAAAGCGUUUGCAUUGCUGACUUGCUGUCUAGUGCAGCACGUUGACGCCUCCCGCACCAAUGGCUGAAAAAAUCAUUUUACCUCCUUCAACACUCUCUACUAUUCCCAUAACGUCUUCCUUUAUCUCCAAAGCCCAAGGCUUUCCCCAUUUCACCCUUUCUUUCAAGCUCCAAACUACCUUUAAAUUCCCUCGUUAUCAUAGCAAACCCCUCUCGGUCUCAAAUAUAUCCAUGUCACUCAACCCAAGCCCCAGUGACAGCGCCUCAACCCACCGACACCGAUGGUCUCUUCAGGGCAAGACCGCUUUAGUCACCGGUGGCACUCGUGGCAUAGGGCGAGCGAUUGUGGAGGAGUUAGUGGGUUUUGGAGCGAGAGUGCACACGUGUUCGAGGAAUGAGAGUGAGCUUAACAAAUGCUUGAGAGACUGGAAUGGUUUAGGUUUUCAGGUUACUGGGUCAGUGUGUGAUGUGUCUGUUCGAGAUCAGAGAGAAAGUUUGAUGGAGUCCGCGUCUUCUUUGUUUGAUGGCAAGCUCAACAUCCUUAUUAAUAAUGUUGGAACAAAUAUCCGGAAACCAAUGGUAGAGUUCACAGCAGAGGAAUUUUCCACUCUCAUGGCCACAAAUUUUGAAUCUGUUUUUAACUUAUCACAACUAGCUUAUCCCCUGCUGAAAGCAUCUGGAGCAGGAAGCGUUGUAUUUACAUCUUCUGUGUCUGGUUUUGUCUCACUCAAAAACAUGUCUGUUCAGGGAUCAACUAAAGGAGCUAUCAAUCAGCUUACACGAAAUUUGGCUUGUGAGUGGGCAAAAGACAACAUAAGAUGUAACGCUGUGGCACCUUGGUACAUCAAAACCUCAAUGGUGGAGCAAGUGCUUAGCAAAAAAGAAUAUUUGGAAGAGGUAUAUUCUGUAACUCCUGCUCGGCGCCUUGGAGACCCAACAGAAGUUUCAUCAUUGGUAGCAUUUCUUUGCUUACCUGCAUCAUCUUACAUCACUGGGCAGAUUAUCUGCGUUGAUGGGGGAAUGUCUGUGAAUGGUUUCUACCCAAUUCAUGAUUAGAAUGUUUUUUUCCUGUUAUUUCUUGCCUCUGUAUUCACCUUGGAUGGCAGUUGAUUUCUCAUAACUUCACAGAUGUCGUUUUCAAGCCUGAGAAUUUCUAGGCUUCAACUGUGGUCA